CGAGAGCGUCAUGUUGCCAUAGGGAUGUUAACAUCCGCCGUAAUGGAUGCCUCCUAAACUGGAGACAAUUAGAUUUAUCCAAAAUGACAGUUUGAAGUCAGAGUAUGAUGUGUGGAUUGCAAACAAAUCCAAUGUAAAGUGAGCUAUCAACAAAUCAAGAAUGUCACGAGCAGCAGUUUCCAAAUCUAGGGCUGAUAAAGGGAAGCCCCCAGCAGCACAAACACCUGUCAUCACCCACGAAAUAGUCCCAGGGAAGUUCAAUGACCAUGACUGGAAUAUCAUGCUGGACAAGGAUGGAACUGAGGACUUUAUCCUGGACAUUGUGGAUGAGGUUGUUGACAGUACCAUGGACAUGAUCUACAAGACAUACAUUGAGAAACAACUUCUCCCAUUCACAAUAUCUCAAGCUAAAGAUGCCAUUCUACAAAUAAUUGAUUGGCAGUUCCUGGCUAGGGAUGGAGGGGAGGUGAACCCAGAGGGGGAUCCCACCUGGCUCCAGGAUGAAGAGCCUGACCCUGCCACAACAGACUGCUGGGCUCAGGGAUCAGUACCGCGGACGUACCUGCCACCUCCCACCCCAGUAAUAGUGGAGGAGACAGAGGAGCACCUGGAGGAGGAACUUGUAGAGACAGAUCUAGAAGAAGCCAAAGUCCAGAUUGUGGACCCAGAGGAAGAUCCUGAAUUGCCUGAUAAAGUGUCAGAACCCGAUGAGGACCAAGUUGAUGAAAAUACUGAAACAGAGGCAGGAACUGUUGAGAAGGAUGAAAAAGUAGAAAAGAAGAAGAGGUUUAAGUUUAAGCGGUACCGAGGUCCAAUUAAGUCUGCAGGAGUGGGCAAAAUAACCGAGUCCCUGGAGGAGACAGAGAUGAAACUAUACAUGGAUGAGAUAGCAGGCUCCCUCCCAUCAGAAGACCGUACCAGUGGAAUGCUCAUGCCUGCCUCAUGUCACUCCAUUCUCCGCAGUAAUACUGAUGCCACAUCCGCGCAGGUUCAAGCAGGUCGUCCCCCCGGCAACAAGGACGUCGUGUAUGAUGACAUGGGUAAUGUCAUUGCUGUUGUCAAGCUAGACCCAGAGAAACUGCCUAAUCAUAGAGUGCGGAUAAAGUACCAGGUGGUGGACCCUGCUAUAGAGGCGGCUCAGGCUCGACUGGAAGCCAUGAGACAUGGUAAAUAUUCUGGGGCUCCACAGGUACCAACCAUCAGACGAAUCAAGUCACGAAUCAAGGGCAACACUGAUGCAGCAUCCACCUCCAAAUCCUCCAGUAAGAUGUCUCAACAGCCCACCAUUGCUCCACUGCCACCUCCACUGAUUGAGGCAAUGGAGGUUGCAGCUGGUGUAACGGUCAAGGAAGGUGGACGGGUCAAGAAGGGACCAAACAGGUAUGUCAGGAAAUCAGAUGUCAUGGAAGAACAUCAGAAAACACUCCGUCCAGUUGCGUCAAGGAUCCCAGCACAAGCCCUAGAUGUCGCCGAUCUGCUGGACCGAACCACACCCGUCCUCCGCCCUAUUGGAGAGUCACCCCCACUGCCUCCUAUUAUCCCCCACCCCCCUGCACAAUCAAGGAUAACUACAUAAUGUCAUUUACAAAGUUUGAUAUGAUCAAUUGUAUAUAAAUCUAGACUUGGAAUGUCAUUAUUUUCAACUGUGAUAAUUUGUAAUUCAUAACUGUACAUACUUUUAUUGUAGAUAAAAAUAUACAUUAAAAUAGACUAAAUAUUGGAAUAUUUUGAUAAUGUUGUCUGUAUUGUAUCCGAGUGGUACGAACUUAGUACUCUUUCAUCCAUUUCAUAUUCUGUUUGUCUUUAAAGAUCCCUUUUGAAUGGCACUGAUACUUAAUGCUAAAUGAACGUUUUUAGUCUGAAUUUUAGUUUUGGUGCCAGGACACUAUGUGUUUACUGCUCAUUACGAUUUCUUACAUGGAAAAUAUGAAAGAAACUAUUGUUUACUGACUAUGAUUGCCAUGAAUGUUAGUACCUUGGGUGUUUGUAAUAUGUUUCAGGACAUGGGGGGAUGAAGUAUGGGUAAGAGUUCAGCCGGAAAUGUAUAUUUAUAUCUGUGUGAAGAUAUUAAACUGUUUUCUUCAUU